UGACGUAACAUGGCGGCUUCCGGCGCGUUCCGUGGUGUUUCACAUUGGUCCUUCACCCAUUCAUUUGUCCAGAAAUAAAGUUGUAUAUUCUCAUUUAUUCGACACGAAGCCUGUGUUUUAUGAGCUGCAAUGGUUUCUUUGAAGCGAGAAAGAGAAGAUGAGGUGGACGAAGACGACGACGAGGAGGACGGAGUGCCAGUCAAAAUAGGACGAGGACGUGUAGUAGAAGAUCGGAGAAGCCGGCACUGUCCAUAUCUUGACACCAUAAACAGGAGUGUGUUGGACUUUGACUUUGAGAAGCUCUGCUCCAUCUCUCUCUCCCACAUCAACGUGUAUGCCUGUCUUAUAUGCGGGAAGUACUUUCAAGGCCGAGGUCUGAAAUCCCACGCGUACACCCACAGUGUCCAAUUCACCCACCAUGUGUUCCUCAAUCUGCACACGCUCAAGUUUUAUUGUCUGCCGGACAACUAUGAGAUCAUUGACUCUUCUUUAGAGGACAUCACGUAUGUGCUGAAGCCAACAUUCACCAAGCAGCACAUUUCAGGUCUUGACAAGCAGGGCAAACUUUACAGAGCCUAUGAUGGAACCACCUACCUGCCAGGGAUUGUUGGCCUCAACAACAUCAAAGCCAAUGACUAUGCCAAUGUGGUCUUACAGGCCUUUUCCAACGUUCCACCACUGCGGAACUACUUUCUGGAGGAAGAAAAUUACAGAGGGAUCCGCAGACCACCGGGAGACAUCAUGUUCCUCUUGGUGCAGCGCUUUGGCGAGCUGAUGCGCAAACUUUGGAAUCCAAGAAACUUCAAGGCCCACGUGUCACCCCAUGAGAUGCUCCAGGCUGUGGUGCUUUGCAGCAAGAAAAACUUCCAAAUCACCAAACAAGGUGACGCUGUAGACUUUAUGACUUGGUUUUUAAAUGCUCUGCAUGGCGCUCUUGGAGGCACAAAGAAAAAGCCAACAAUCAUUACAAAAGCAUUUCAAGGCUCCAUGCGAAUUUUCUCAAAGAAACUACCACACCCGGAUUUGACGCCAGAGGAGAAGGAUGCGCUGCUCUUGACGGAGGAGUACCAGGAGCAGAUGUCUGAGUCAACGUUCUUAUUCUUGACGCUUGACCUUCCCACUGCCCCGUUGUACAAGGAUGAAAAGGAGCAGCUUAUUAUACCACAGGUCCCUCUCUUCAACAUCCUGUCCAAGUUUAAUGGCGGUACAGAGAAGGAGUACAAAACUUACAAGGAAAAUUUCCUGAAAAGGUUCCAGCUGACCAAACUUCCACCGUACCUCAUCUUUUGCAUCAAAAGGUUCACAAAGAAUAACUUCUUUGUUGAAAAGAACCCCACCAUAGUCAACUUCCCCAUCACGAAUGUUGACCUUCGUGAGUACUUGACAGAAGAGGCCCAAAUCACGGAGAAGAACACAACUUAUGACCUUGUUGCUAACGUCGUGCAUGAUGGGAAACCAACUGAAGGAGCCUACAGAAUACAUGUCUUGCAUCAUGGAACUGGGAAGUGGUACGAGAUGCAGGACCUUCAAGUGAUUGACAUCCUUCCGCAGAUGAUUACACUAUCAGAGGCCUACAUACAGAUUUGGAAGAGACAGGAGAGUGGUAAGGACACAAACAACCACACAGGUGCGUAGGGGUUGAAAGGAGCAUCACAAGAUAAAGACAGGACAUUUUACUUAGUCACAAACAAAAAAUUUGGAAUCAUGUUCUUUUUUUCCCCACAGUUUGUAUUUUUAUUAUGACGUUUCUAAAUAAACCUGCUUCUACCUGU